UGGAGAUCCAGUGGUGGCACCUGCGGGCGCCGCCCCGCGAGCUGCUGCACGAGCUGGCGCUGAGCGCGCCCGGCGCCCGGAGCAAGGUAACAAAUAAGGAUGCGACUAAAAUCAGCGUAAGUGUGGAGCCCAGCGCGGGCCGCGGGAGACCCCUUCUGGCCGCCUCGCGCCCCGCACCUUUCUCCCCGUUAGAAAGGCUUAGCGGCGCGAGAGGUCGGGACUUCCUUGCAACCCCGCAUCGUGUCCGGGCGCCAUCUGUCGCCAGGAGCGGGAUCGGUUUCUCUUUUAUAUGCAGAGGGUCCCAGGCUCGCGUCUCCUUCCUCCCUGUGCGCUCACCUGUAAACCUCUCCUUCAUCCAUGGCGCGCGCUCAGGCCCUUCGCGGAGGCCUGCUCUCCUCUGCUGGCAUUUCUCCCAGCAACUCGGGGGCGGGUGGGGGAACCGCUGCUCCAAACCUUGGCCGAACCCCGGCUCUGCAUGGUGGACCCCACCCCCGCCCCACGGGAAGCCCUCUCCCCCGCCUGGGUCGCAGCGCAGGGUGUUGGGAAUGGGGGUGGGGAGGGGCCGUCUUGCCAGGCUUGCAGGAGCCGGGGUCCUGGGGUGUGUGACUCAGGGAGGAGAUGCGGCCAAGCUUUCCCAGCGGGAAUGUGCAAGUUUCAGGCCUGGAGACUAGCAGGGCCUCCUCCCGCUCGCGUUCAGAGACCGUGCGUGUCCAGGGCAAUGACAUCUCGCACCGGCUGCGCCUGUCAGGCGUGCGGCGGCAGGACGAGGGCGUGUACGAGUGCCGCGUGGCGGACUACGGCGCCGAGGACACGCAGGAGCACGCUGCCCGGGCCCUGCUGCGCGUGCUGUCCCGCUUCGCGCCGCCCCGCAUGCAGGCCGCGGAGGCCGUGUCCCACAUCCAGAGCAGCGGGCCCCGGCGCCACGCCUCCAGCGCCAACCACGUGGGCGCCGCCGGCACCGCGGGCCGCCCCACAGCCCAGCCCGGCCGCAGCCACAAGAGCCUGCCUCCUCCGGGGAGCCCUCUGGCAUCCCCCGGUCCCGGAAUCCCCCAGGCCGCCGCUUCCGCGACCCACGCAGCCACCACCACUGUCGCCGCUGCAGCCACUGCUUCGUCAGCUUCGCCACCCGGCCAGGUGGUUCUGCGCCAGAGGCAUGGCUCCGGCACCGGCCCCACCUCCUCCGGGGACCCACUCCUGUCGCUGCUCCUGUUGGCUCUGCACACGCUCCUGGGCCGGCUGGUGGGGCACUGACAGCUGACCCCCCCCCC